AUGGCCUCUCCCGCUGCAGCAGAGGCCCGGCAGCAGCAGCAGCAGCAGCAGCUGGGCUGCGGGCCGGACUUCUUGCGAAAAGCUCAUUACUUUUGUCUCAUUCAAUCGGCCCCCAUUCCCUUCGCGUUUGUCUUUCGGGAGAGCGGCGAGUACAUCAUUGGCUGCAGCUGCGGGCAGGGCGCAGCAGGUUCGCUGCAGCCGGUGCCUGCGGGGCCCUUCGCGGAGUACCGCUGCUGCUGCAGCAGCAGCAGCAGCAGCAGCAGCAGCUGCUGCAGCUACUUGCGGGUGAAGGUCCGCGACAGGAACAUUUCCGUGCGGCAGAGCCUGCCCGCGGGGGCCCCCUUCGCAGAGGGCAGCUGCGGGACUUGGAAUUUUUUCCGAGAAACUCCCAAGGGCUUCGAAGUCUUCUCCCAAGUGGACUCUGCCGAAAACUGCUGCUUCCGCGCGGCCCCCAGGCCCGCCCUUCGCGGCCAACUCCCAAGUCCCGAGGACUCUGGCUGUUCUUCCUUUUCCUUCCGCCGCAUUCUCCUCGGCGUGGAGGGGCCCCCCCGCCGCUGCGCGCCCAGCGGGGCCCCCAGGGCCCCCAGGGGCCCCCAGGGGCCCCCCGGCCCGCGGGGCCCCCAGGGCCCGCAGGGCCCCCGGGGCCCCCGGGGCCCCCGGGGGCCCCCGGGGGCCCCCGAGUCGGACUCGAGCGCGGCGGAGACGGAGUACGAAGUGUCAGUGAGCCGGCGGUUCGAAGUGCUGCUGGAGGUGCGGCUGGGGAAGGGCGGCAACGGCGAAGUGUUUUUGGGGAUAGAGCGGCGGCUGGGCCUGGCAGUGGCCAUCAAGAGAGAGCCCAAGGAGAUGCUGAGACAUGAGUUUGGCCUCAUUCAAGAAGUGCGGCUGCGGGGGCCCCUGCUGGCCUACAGGGCCCGCGAGCCGCACCCCUCGCGCUUUCUCGGGCUGGUCGCUCACGCCGUCGCUCUCGAAGUCGGCAACUCCGCAGUCGCCGCCGCCGUCGCUCACCACAGCGCUCGCGGCGACGCUCACGACCACAUGGCCCUCGAGCUCGUCAACGGCGGCGAACUCCGCAAAGUCCUCAAGUCCAGGUUCUUGAAGGGAAUGCCCCUCGAAAUGGCGAGGGCGUACGUGUACCAGAUCGUGUGCGCGCUGGUGCUGAUCCACUCGAAGCAAGUGAUCCACCGGGACUUGAAGACGCAGAACAUUUUGCGCUCACCGCGCGGCUUCAGCAAAGUCAAGCCCGGCUCCGUCUUGACCAAAAACUACACAACUUGCUUUGCCUGCGCGCCCGAGCAGUUCCUGCCUUCCGAAAAGGGGUACAGCUUCGGAGUCGACGUGUGGGCGGUGGGAACCAUAUUCUUCGAGCUGCUCACUGGCGACCGUCUGUUCGAGUGUUUGAACAUCCACGAAGCUGCGCGGCAGAUCCCCGCUAAGGGCGAGCAGCACGUGGCCGCCCGCCUCCCCGGCCUGCGGCAAGACGCGAAGGACUUCCUGCUGCAGUGCCUGGCCCGGGAGCCGCAGCAAAGGCCGACGGCGCUGCAGCUGCUGACGACUCCGUUUCUGUUUCCUCUUCACCUCCACCAGAUUCGCCGGCGCGUGGAAACGACUGAUGUGUACAACACUUACCUGCGGGCCUUCGAGAAGGGCUGGGGCAACUUGGAGCCUUUGAAGGAACUCCGCGAAAUGGAAAACUUGGUUUUCGACGAAGACCGCCGCGCCUUCGUCUCGCAGCAGCCCGCGGCGGAGGCCGUCAACGUGGUGCUGCCCGUCUUCGAGUGCGUGCCCGACUUCCAAGCCCAAGACCACCCCAUGGAGAUUCAGAACUGGACUCUGGCCAGCGACGCCUCCUUUUGCUGCGCGCCAGCCAAGCUGGAGGCCCCGCAGGGGCCCCCCGAGGGCCCCGGCUGCUGCGGCUUCGCCCAACACCCCUCCGCCCUCCCCAAGCGCAGCUCCACCGGCUCCACCACUUCCUUCGAGUCGCCCCUCGCGGGCUCUUCGCUCUUCCGCGAAGUGGAGCCCCUGGGGGGCAGCGCGGCCUCCCUGUAG